AUGGCGGGCGACAAGGGAUUGUCGAAUGGCACCCACCACGGCCCAACGAAUUUCGACGAAAUCAUCAUCCAGUCAUAUCAAGUCUAUGAUCUGCGCUUCCCGACAAGCCUCACCUCGGCAGGAUCAGAUGCAAUGAAUGGCGCUCCUGACUACAGCGCCGCUUACAUCGUUUUGAAUACCAACUCGCAUUUGGCAGGACAUGGCUUCUCAUUCACUAUCGGCCGCGGGAACGAUCUGGUCUGUCAAGCUGCUCGUGCCACAGCUGACAGGCUCGUGGGUAAGCGGCUCGCGGAUUUGACGUCUAACAUGGGCCAAACAUGGCGCUUCCUCGUCUCCGAUUCUCAGCUCCGGUGGGUGGGCCCUGAAAAAGGGGUUAUCCACCUGGGUCUAGCUGCCUGUGUCAACGCCUUAUGGGAUCUCUGGGGCCGAGCGGAGAAGAAGCCCGUCUGGAAACUCAUCGCCGACAUGAGGCCCGAGGAGUUUGUGAGGUGCAUUGACUUCCGCUAUAUCGAAGACGCCAUUAGUCCGCAGGAGGCAAUCGCUCUGUUGGAAGCGCAGGAGGCAUCAAAGCCACAGCGACUUCGCGAUGCAGAAGCAAAUCGGGCGGUACCUGCGUACUCGACCGAGGCUGGGUGGUUGGGAUAUUCGGACGAAAAGAUGCGAAAGUUGAUGAAAGACCUCCUUGCCGCUGGCCACGAUAAGUUCAAGUUAAAGGUCGGUAGGGAUCUUGAGGAUGACAAGCGACGAUGCCGGAUCGCCAGGGAAUUGAUGGGCGACGAAAAGACCUUGAUGGUAGAUGCGAAUCAGGUCUGGGGUGUAUCCGAAGCCAUACAAUGGAUGCUUCAGCUGGCGGAGUUCAAACCAGCGUUUAUUGAGGAGCCGACAUCGCCAGAUGACAUUCUUGGCCACGCUGCUGUCCGGAAAGCCCUCAAAGCUCACGGCAUAGGAGUCGCGACAGGGGAGAUGUGUCAUAAUCGAGUAAUGUUCAAACAGCUGCUUCAGGCUGAGGCUAUCGAUGUCUGCCAAAUUGAUGCCUGCCGUUUGGGGGGAGUAAACGAGGUUUUGGCCGUCCUCCUUAUGGCAAAAAAGUUUGGAGUCCCGGUUGUCCCACAUAGUGGUGGCAUUGGCUUGAAUGAGUACACGCAGCACUUGUCUUUGGUGGAUUAUCUUUGCGUAUCUGGAGAGCGGAGCAUGCUCGAGAACAUCACCACCUAUAACCACGUCCUCACAACGCCAUUGCAGACGCGUGAUGGCUUUUUCGUAACUCCACUGGAGUCCGGCUACAGUGUCGAGUUUCAAGGGACCGCAAUCUCUCAGUACAGCUAUCCAGACGGGACCUUCUGGCGCUCUCAAGAUGGCUUGUCAAUCAUUAAUAGCGGCCUGGUUUGA